AUGAGUAGUCUGAGCGCAAAGAUCAAGGACAUUCUCCACUCCGACGAGUCCAAGGACACCACCACAGAGACUUCUCACCAUCCCCCAGGAUCAUUCCCCACAGAAGAAAUGGAGCCUAGCGAAACUCACCAAGGCUACUCAAAGGGAUACGAACAGGAACAUAACAAGCUUCACAAGGCCGAUGACCCUCGAGGUCAUGCACACAAAGACUCAGGCGUUGGUUUCACCGAGCCCAACGAUCCUACCUCGUACAGGCCCUCCAACGAGCCCAUCUCCGAGCGGCGCGAUGAUCCUCUAAACAGAACUACCGACACCACUACAACCGCUGGCACUACAACCGCUGGCACUACAACCGCCGGCACUAUAGGUACUACAGCUGCUGGAGGUCUGGGUGACACCAGCAAGAUCCCCGCUACUGAGGGAGCCACUGGCGCUGCUGCACCCUCUUCCCAAGACCAUCCCUACUGGGGAGACCUUCCCAGCGGAGGCGUUCACAACACUGUCAUUGGCCACGGCAGUCCUGAAGAUGAGAACGCACGUCAUCGUGCUGUCCACUCUGGUGCCACAGAACCAACUCGAACGGCUGGCACUCUCGAGAGCGGAACAUUCCUCCACCGAAACGAUCGCGACACCACUUCCUCUAUAUACUCCACCGAUGCUCAGCAAACUACCCAAGAGAACCCUAGCCAAACAUCCGGCUCUCACUUUAAGGAGGGUGUAGCUGGCGCUGGUGCCGCUGGCGCGGGCGCACUCGGAGCCCAUGAGCUGAGCAAGCGCCGUCACGACGAUGAGACACAGACCCCAAGCAAGGUUGACCAAACCACCGAUAAGACCCACGACGAACACAAGGGUCGAUCAUUCCCUCUUCUCGGCAAGGACCACAAGGAGAAAGAGACUCAUCACAAGGAGGAGAAGCCCAAGGAACAUAAGGAGAGCAAGCUUGGCGCCCUCUUCCAUCGCAAGGAUAAGACUGAGACAGAGGCCAAGGCUGAGCAGGAGGCUGAUCAGGAGAAGCAUGGCCACUCUAAGCCUGCACUGGCUGCCGCUGGAGCUGCUUGGGGUGCGAGCUCUGCUGGCAAGGGACAUGAUGACAAGACUCAGCGUGAUGUGACAGCGCAGGAGCCUACUGGUACUCGCGGUACGACACAGUAUCCUGCUUCUGGACUCGACUCUACGAGGGAUUAUAGUACCCAGCCUACUGGUACUACCCAGCAGCAGGAUAGUUCGCACCGAGGCGCUGGUCUUGCGACUGGUGCUGCUGCAGGCGUUGGAGCUGGCGCUUUGGCGUCGCAUUAUGCUCAACGCUCUGACAAUGACCGAACUGGCACCGCCGGAGCUGGCUACGACGCCCAGAGCUACGACCCUGCUGGCACUUCUACAAGAGACCCUGCCUCUCAGACCUACCAGCAGCAGGGCUCUCACGGCGAUCACAGCCUCACUAAGGGGACUACUGCGGGUGUCGGUGCUGGUACACUUGCCUCGCACUCCAGCUCCAACCAGCCUUCAACCCUGGGAGGAUUGUCCUCAGCAUAUGGUGCUCAGCCAGACCAGCCGGCCAACUUCUCUCACAAGGAUCCCGUCGGUCAGACUUCUCAGCAGCAUGACUCUCAGCAUGGUGCAGGACUUGCUGCAGGAACUGCCGCAGGUCUUGGUGCUGGUGCUCUUGCGUCACGAUCAGGUCGUGAGCAUGAGACUACUGGUCAGCAUACUGGGCUUGACUCGAACCGAGUUCUUGACUCGCAGGGCAACCAGUCUGCCUACAGUUCUACCAUUCCUACAUCUCAUUAUGAGCAGCAGGAUUCCCACCGUGGUGCUGGGCUUGGUGCCGGAGCCUUAGCUUCUCGAUCUGGACGCGAACAUGAGCCUACUGGCCAUUCAGGACUUGACUCCAGCCGAGGUCUUUCAUCGCAGACUACUGAGCCUGGAUACAGCUCCACCAACCCUACCUCUCAGAAGCAGCAGGACAAUUCUUAUUACGGCGCUGGUCUAGCUACUGGUGCUGCAGCCGGACUUGGCGCUGGAGCCCUGGCCUCCCGAUCUGGUCGCGAUCAUCACUCUGAGCAACCCACUGGCCUUGACUCCAACCGAGGUUUUGAAUCUCAGAUCACUCAGCCUACUACCACUUCUAAUCGCGAUCCUACCUCUCAAUCCUAUCAACAGGAGGGUUCUCACCGAGGAGCUGGACUCGCUACCGGUGCUGCUGCUGGCCUCGGUGCUGGAGCUCUUGCCUCGCAUGAGCCUAACAAGCGUGAUGAAGAUCGAUACUUGAGCAACGACGGUUCCCGAACAGCCCAAACUGGUGAUACUAGUACUAAUGCUGGCCUCGGCACCUCUUCCUCCGCCUUCGACAGCUCUCACCAUGAGCCCUCCCGAAAAUCUGAGCACUCCCAGCGCUCAACCGGUUCUCACCACUCCACCCUCGCCGAGAACGCCAACGCCGGAAAGUACAACACCCUCGCAUCCGGCACUCCAUCCGGCGUAGCCUACGACGACGAUCUCUCCACCAGCCGCCCCACCCAGCAGCUCACGUCUGAGAAGAAGGAUGAUAGCCACUUCGGCGCCAAGGCAGCUGGUCUAGGAGCUGCUGCCGCUGGAGCUGUUACUUCAGCUGCUUUGUCUCGCAACAAGGACGACAAGCCUGUUGAGGACAAGAUUCGCGAGGAACCUGAGACUGAGCGUAAGCUUGAUCAGACUGAGGCUCAGAGACCGAUUACUGGCGCUGUUGCGCCGCAGGUUGGAACGAACAAGCCUGUUAUUCACAAGUGUCAGAAGUGUGGUGAGGAUAACGAUAUUAGCAAGUACUUUACGUCAAACUCUGGAAAGAUCUAA